AUGACAAUCUGUAACUUUUACCAGCAAGGUCGCUGCAAGUUUGGAGGUUCGAGCACCCUGGAAAUACCAACACCACGACUAGUGGGAAUCGGUUCGGUGCUCUCGCUGCUGGAGGCUUUGGAACUUCAGGAAUAUGGCAGCUUUGGAGUUAACGCAAGUGACAUCCAACACGACUUGACAGCCGGAAAGGGACGCCCGGAAUGGAUUUUCUCGGCCUAUUCACCCCAGCGCGAUGUGCCCCGGCAAUUGUUUGGCGGUGCUCAGCGCGAACAGAGUAUGGAGGAGAUGCGUCUCCGUCACUACGAGGCAGUUGCUGCUGGAAACAUGAACCAGGCAGUCCAAGAAGCCGAAGCGUUAUGGAAUGAGUCCGCGCAGCAAAUGGAUGCUGCUUUGAACAACCUCGAUGGAGCAGUUAACUACAUCGUCAGCGGUGCCAAUGAACACCCCAAUCGUAUUGACAUCGUCGAGGGCAAGGCAGGUCCAGAGUCAAACCAAGGAUCUGCAUUUGGCCAACCGGCAACCCCUGCACAGGCAUCCAAUGCCUUUGGCCAACCCUCCCAACCCUCGACCUCAGCAUUCGGCCAGCCUGCGUUUGGCCAGGCAUCUCAACCUACUGGACAGGCAUCAGCCUUUGGUGCGCCUUCUACUCUCGGACAGUCCUCUCCAUUUGGACAAGCAUCACAAUCCUCUGCAUUCGGACAACCUUCUUCCCUAGGCGCCGGCUCUGCCUUCGGCCAACCCUCCGGGCUGGGAGCACAAUCGGGGCUCGGAAAGCCAUCCUUUGGUCAGUCGGGAUUUUCACAGUCUGGUACCUCUGGCUUUGGUGGAAGUGCAUUUGGUCAGCCUUCAGCCCCAGCACCAGCGGCACCAUUCGGCGCCCCGUCGGCCACUUCUCCCUUCACACAGGUUGGACAGAACCAAUCAACAGGAGGCUUCGGGCAGCCUUCAGGUCAACAAGCACAAGCCCCUGCACCUUUUGGCCAGCCUUCACAGCCACAGGCUUCACCCUUUGGUCAGCCGUCUGCCCCUGCCCCUGCCACAACAUUCGGCCAGCCUUCCCAACCAAAUCCGUCGCCAUUCGGCCAACCACAACCACCACAACAACAACAGCAGCAAGCAUCACCAUUUGGUUUGGCCUCAUCUGCAGCCUCAAACCCCUUUGGUGGAUCUGCUCCCGCUCAACCAAAUCCCCCACCCUUUGGCCAACCCGCAGCUCCUCAAGGCGUGCCUGUUGCACAGCCUGCUGCCGGGCCACGCGCAGCCAUCAAGAUCGAUAACACAUCCACCUUGAAUCCAUUCCCACCUCUCCAAGGUGAGACGAGACGAGACCCUACUUCCAAGAUUCUUACGAUGUGGAAAGGCCGUCCAGUACGGCCAGUCAAGCUCGAGGAUGGCACGGUUCGCCCCGCCUAUCUACACCCCCAAGACAACAAGACUCUAGUACGGGUCAUGUUUCCAGAUGGACCACCCGACGACGCUGGUCUCCGUGAUGCGUUGAGUACUCCGGAACAAAUCACGCCAGAGAUUGAAGAGAUAAUGGAUACUUCAAAGACGGAGUGA